GAUUGGCCAGGCUGGAGCUGAGCAGUGCGGGGCUCCUAUAAAAGCCAUGCCAGGGUGAGACUGGACCAAGCACAGCCCUGGCCACCUUCUCCUCCUCAGGAAAAAGGAGCACCCUCGGAUCCCACUGCAAGAUGUCCUGCUACGACCUGUGCCCCCCCAGGACCAGCACGGAGCUGUGCCCCCCCAGGACCAGCGUGGCUGUGCCCCAGCCCAUCGCUGAGAGCUGCAACGAGCUGUGCGCCCGCCAGUGCCCCGACUCCUCUGCCUUCAUCCAGCCACCGCCCGUGGUGGUCACCUUCCCCGGCCCCAUCCUCAGCUCCUUCCCCCAGCAGGCCGUGGUGGGCUCCUCCGGAGCACCGGCCUUUGGCGGCUCCCUGGGGCUGGGCGGCCUCUACGGCGCCGGCGCCACCCAGGCCUCGGGGGGCCUCUGCACCUUUGGCAGAGCCUACGCUGCUCCCGCCUGCAGCCCUUGCGCCCUGCCCCGCUACAGCAAGAAGCUCUGGGACACCUGCGGGCCCUGCUAGAGCCACCAGCAGCAGCCCCAAAGCCCCUGGGGCCGCCUCAGCCCAGCGUGGAGAAGCUGAGCUCUGCACUAGCUGCCCUGGCCUCCUGCAGCCCGUGACACCCGGCCUGCCUGGGGCCUGCCCACCCUCCCUCUCCCUGCCUCUCCUGCAUUUCUUGGUUCAAUAAAGAUUUCCUGCAUCCAA